AUGAGUAUAGCUGCGCAGGCGGCGAGGAAUCUCGGAGGUUUUGUGCCGAAUAAGAUCUUCGUCGGUGGGGUGCCCAUCACGGUCACCGAGGAGCAGUUCAGGCAAUGCUUCGCGCAGUAUGGAGCCAUUACGAAGGUGGAACUUCAUGCGCUGAGAGGCUUUGGGUACGUUACCUACGACACGGUCGAGGCCGUGGAUGCGUGUCUAGAAAAGUACGAGGAGCAUUACCUCAGCAAGAAGUGGGUAGAAGUCAAGCGUUCCAUUCCGCGGGAGCUCAUCGAUGCUUACGAGAGGGAACAGAGGCGUUUACAUAGCCUCCACAGUGAAUCCCAGAAGUCAGCAUCAGCGGCGAAGGAGCCGGCUGCAUCGCCAAAGGCUAGUGCUGCUGCCACCGCACCAUCCACGCCGGGGGGCAAAGGCAAUGCCGUUCCAGGCUCUGCCCCACCCAAGGCUGCAGCUGCGGCCCCAGGCGUAGCCACAGCCAGACCGCCUCCGGCAGCGUUGCCGCUUCAGAGGACGAGAACUUCAUCAUCCAUCGGUAGCGAGAGAGGAGGUUACGGAGGUACGACUCCCGCCGACAUGGGCAGAAUCUCUCAGCUCAAGGAAAUGGGCUUCUCCGACGAAGUGUCGCGGAGGGUGCUUGCCGAAUGUGCUUGGGACGUGAACAAGGCGAUCGACCGCCUAUUGCUGUCAGGCGUCCCAGAUGACAUGCCACAGCAAGGAGACUCAGAGAAGUCAGGCACCGGUGACCCUGCAGGGGUCGCCGAGCCCGGCGACCCCGAUGCCUCGGCAGAAGCGCAAAGCAGCGACGACCUAGGCAACGUCAACGGCAAGAGUAGCUUCUUCCCAGUCGAGGAAGAUCCUCCGAGCACGGUCGAAGCCGACAAGGCAGCGUCGACAGUGGCAACGUCAAAGAACGGAGGUGUUGCGGCUGAGAAAGAGCCGGCAGCUGCGGCAGCGACCAGUGAGGUGGCUUCUAGCGGCACCCCAUUGGCAGCGGCUACGGAACCCGCAGCGCAGCCAGCAACGGCACCCGCAGCCCCGACGAAGCGACUCGAGCGAGCGAAACAAGCUUGGACGGCUAGUGAUGCGAGCCAGCUCAGCGUUUCUGACCAAGAGUUUGUUUACGUUUGGACAACGACAGCGACCGACAAUGGGUGGAUUCACGCAGAACUAGCCAAGGACCAGGCAAAAGUGGGCUGGCUUCCAAGAUGCAUCCUCGUGGAGCUCCAGGAUGGCCAGCGAUGGAUGAAAACCAAAACCAAGUGGGAGGCGCGAGACGAGUCACAGUGCAGCGUGGAGAUUGGCGAGUUCUGCCUCGUGUGGGUUAGUUCACUCACCACGGAGGGCUGGACUUACGUAGACUGCCAGGAUCGCUCCAGCAAGGGAUGGCUACCCGAUUUCUGCUUGGUGUGGUCCGAUCCGUAG